AUGGACGAAGAUUUGUUGGACAUUUGUGGGUUUGAUUCUUCCAAGAAGCUUCGAUUAGAACACAAGUUUCAGUCUGGUUCCUGUAUGGAGUUCGAGGAUGGUGAUGAGAUGGCAGUGAAUUAUCCGUGCCCGUUUUGCUCAGAUGAUUAUGAUUUAGCUGAAUUGUGUGACCAUAUCGACGAGGAGCAUGCACUAGACGCUAACAAUGGGAUAUGUCCGGUUUGUAGCAGACGGGUGAAGAAUGAUAUGAAGCAGAGCCUUCACAAGAAUGAGUUAGAUUCAGGAUUUUCUCCAAGGACAAAGAAGUACUUGGAGUCUUUGAUAGAUGAUGAGCCACGGUUUACAAAUCGUUCAUCUAAAACUGUUCCUGACUCAUUGUUAUCAUUCAUCUACAAUCCACCAUCACCAAAUCUUCCCAAGCUUGUACUGCCUAAUUUAUCAACUGGAGCAAGCGUGGAAGACAAGAGCUCUAUUAGGGAUUCAGCAGAAAAGAAACUGUUGUCUCCAUUGUCAGAUACUGAGCUACGAGAGAAGGCGAAGAAGACAGAGUUUGUACAAGGUUUAGUCUCAUCAACCAUGUUUAAUCACAUCGAAGACUUCUGA